AUGUCGCAGUUCAUAUAUCCACAAGAGGUAUCUCCUUUCAUUGGUACGUUCUCCAGCUAUCCGUGGGUAUUGCCCGACAAAGGUGUUUCGCAUACUGGUCUCGACUUCCAGUACCUUAAUGACUUACAUGAUGAAAUGGCAUCGUUUGUGGAGACUGACUGCACGAGUUCGGUAGGAAGCCACUCGUGCCAAUCAAACAAAAUCAGCACUAUUGGCCCUGGGUCCACCAUUGCAGACUCUUUGCACGAGUCGUCGCCGGAAUACUCUGCAAGUAUUCCUCUAUUGACGUCCAGAUCCUCGAGCUCGUGCAGCAUGAAGAGUUCUGGAUUUGAUGAUUGUGAGCCGCACGCUUUGAAUGAUCCGCUAGAGGUCAGCGAGCAACAUGAAAAUGAACACUCAAAGGGGGAAUUUACUGAAAACAUACUGAAAUACCCGCCAAUAUUGCCGUCUCAAACAAGCAGUAACCGCCGGCUCAUCUUUGUGUCCAAGAUCUGUCCACUUUGUGGGAAAUGUUUCACUAGAAGAAGUACCUUACAGAUUCAUUUGCUGAUCCACACAAAUCUGAAACCUUUCAAAUGUUCGUUUUGCGAUAAAGAGUUUAAUGUGAAAAGUAAUUUAAACAGGCAUGAACGAAUUCAUAGACAGAAGAAAGUCGCAUCCUCUUAUCCAUCAAGUGAUCAAGCUACGCGCAAUUUUUCGAAUACCCGAUCAAUAACAAGAAGUCAUAUGUCAGCGAAGAAAAAGUCUACCGCACCAGCUGCCUCACGCGACUCCGAGCGCUGCGGGGUAUACAGUGGUACGAUUGAAAAAUAG